AUGUGCACGGAACACAACGAAGUCAUGGAUUUCUGCUGCAAAGACUGUAAUAAAGCAAUAUGCCACAAGUGCUGUGUCAUAUACCACAGGAAAUGCGACUCUGUGGUCACUAUUCAGUCCAUGAUGUCUGAGAUGAGAAGUGUUCUUACACACAAUAGGGGCUUGAUCACACAGCGCUUUGACGACAUGGGCAGAUCACUUCAACAACACAAAUCACAGAUUGAUGCAGUCAUCCACAACAAAGACAAAAUAAAGUCACAGAUCAGACAGGCCUCACAGAAAGCCAUGGACGUGAUUAAACAGAAGGAGAAAGAGCUGCUGGAGGAGCUGAAUGAGAUGACAGAGAAGCACUCUGGACACCUGAGGGGGCGGAUAAAGUCAGGGGAAAUAGACAUGCAGAUGUAUCAACAAUACAUAGAGUACAUCACCCAGGUGUUGAAGUCUGGGAGUGAGACGGACAUGUUUGACAUUUACCAGGUGUGUCGGUCUGGGGCAAUCAAGGAGGCAACAGACAGGGAUGUCACUUUCACAGACAGUGUUCGUGAUUCAAAACUUAUAUUUGUGAGUGAAAUUGAUGAGAGGAAAUUCUACAAGGAUAUACAACUUGGAAGAAUUCAACAGAACGUUUUUGACGUCAUGGAUACGCGACUUGGUAAGAUACAGUGUGGCACAUUUGACGUCAUGUGCAGACCAGUGUUACACAAGACAGUCGUCAUUAGGGUCGAUGGCGACAUCACGCAGCUGGAUUCAUAUGACGUCACAGUCCUGGUUGUGGACGGUGAGGAGAUAUCGGUGGUCACUGACCGCAACAAUACAUGUCUGAAAUCCUUCUUCACAAAGAAUAACAUAUCACGACACAGUAAACUGGAUCUUGCAAGGAAGCCAAGCUCUGUGACGAGGCUGAGGGACAACCAGGUAGCUGUAUCAUUCUGGUCACACGGUGAGAUUGUAAUAGUACGGGUGACCCCUGACCUUGUACUACAGUCACGUGUCACAACAAAGAAGAAGUACAUAUGCCUAACAGCCUUGAGUCCUUCAACAUUAGCAGCAGGUUGUUGGGAUCCUCCCUGUGUUGACAUCCUGGAUGUUUCGGGGAGAGUGAUGAGGUCAAUCAGUAGAUUCAACUCUGGGGAGAACCUGAUAUGUAACCCAAGCUGCCUCUGUGCUACAGACAGGGGCAACAUCCUGGUGUCAGAUAUUGGCACAGACUCUGUCUACUGUAUCACACCAGAGGGAGAGGCUGUGUUCACCUACACCCCUUCAGGAGAGAGGAGACUGAUAGAACCACUUGGUAUCACAACUACCAGCACAGGACACAUCCUGGUGGCGGACUUCUGGGGACCCAAGGUGGUACUACUGACACCAGCAGGAACAUACGUGUAGAUUACAGUGAAUGAGUGAAUAUGAUAAUACGCCGCUUUUAGCAGUAUUCGGGCAAUACCCUCACCACAAAGGGGGCACAUUGACCAACCGAACCUGGGACAUCGGCAGGACGAGCGAACGUUUGUUUCCGCAUACGCAUGACAAGCACAUAAGGAAUUAUUAGAUUAGUUGUAGUGGCUAUUUUCGGUUAAAUGUUGGGACAAGACAAGACUAAUGCAGGUCGUAGAUGUUUACAACUUUGGAGAAACCCACGAGCUCGAAAACGGUGCUGACAAACCUUGAACAUUAAUCAGGGCCAGUCUGGGAUUCAAACCCACAACUGUAGGUGCCUAUCACGUCUAAGGGACGCAAUUACGCAAUCAAAUCUCGGCGCCACAGGGUACAACAUACGUUCUCUAAGGUAAAGUAAACGAACCCUGAAUAAUGCACUUACUCAAAUAGCUACACGUUCACUUUCAUUAUGUAUCAGGGGGCACGGGUGGCCCAGUCG